GACCUUCUCAUAUAAAUACAAUCCGCAGGGUUAUGAGUGAGAGGUCGUAGUCUGAGAAACACGAACCAAUGAUUCCCAUAUGUCCAGUGGUCUCCUUCACCUAUGUGCCCAGCCGGCUAGGUGAAGAUGCUAAAAUGGCUACCGGCAACUAUUUUGGAUUUACCCACGGUGCUGCUGCCCAAUACAGUCAGCAGCCGGGCGCGGUGGCCUACACCCACCCUACCACCGUGGCCAGUUACACAGUACACCAGGCACCGGUGGCUGCUCACACCGUGGCAGCAGCCUACGCUCCCACUGCUGCCACGGUUGCUGUCGCCAGGCCCGCCCCAGUUGCCGUGGCAGCCGCAGCCACCGCCGCAGCCUAUGGCGGGUACCAGCCAGCGCACGCCACCGCCGACUACGGCUACGCACAACGCCAGCCGGACGUCCCACCGCCGCCUCCCCCGGUCACCUCCCAGAACUACCAGGUGGGUUACCAGGAUUCCUACUCCUACGUACGAUCCACGGCCCCGGCGGUAACCUACGACCCUAAGCAGUACUACCAGCAACCCGUAGCUAGCGCUGCGGUGGCCGUACAGCCCCAGCCCACGGCCGAAUCCUAUUAUCAGGCCGCCUCCCUUAACACAUCCUGGGACGCCACGUGGAAGAAAACACUACCAGCUUCUAAAACAGGCUACAGCCAGGCCAGUCUGACCCCCUACACCCAGACCCAACAGACCAGGCAGGUGACAGCCAUCAAGCCUGCUGCGCCCUCCACCUUCUCCAUCUACCCGGUCUCCUCCACCGUUCAGCCCGUCGCCGCCGCCUCUGUGGUCCCCUCUUACUCUCAGAGCCCUACCUACUCCACCAAUGCAGUCACGUACUCUGGUAAGCACGACAUGCAAGCCGUAACCAGCAUGCACUACCUGCCAACUACCUACUCAACCAACGCAGUCACGUACUCCCAGAGCCCCACGUAUAGUACCAACCCCGUCGCAUACUCCGGCACCUCGUAUUCUGGCUAUGAAGCAGCGGUGUACUCGGCUGCCUCUACCUACUACCAGCAGCAGCAGCAGCAGCAGAAACAGGCUGUUGCGGCAGUAGCAGCUUCAGCAGCCUGGACAGGCAGCUCCUUCACCAAGAAACCUCCCUUCCAGAGCAAGCAGCUGAAACCCAAGCAGCCCCCCAAACCACCACAAAUCCACUACUGUGAUGUCUGCAAGAUCAGCUGUGCUGGACCCCAGACCUACAAGGAACACCUGGAGGGCCAGAAGCACAAGAAGAAGGAGGUGGCCCUGAAAGUCUCCCAGAGCAGCAGCAGUAGUAGUAGUGGUGGAGGCUCAGCCCGGGGGACUCAGAACCAGCUCCGCUGUGAGCUCUGUGAUGUCUCCUGUACCGGGGCUGAUGCGUACGCUGCACACAUCAGAGGGGCGAAACACCAGAAGGUGGUGAAACUCCACACCAAGCUGGGGAAGCCCAUCCCCUCUACAGAACCCAGUGUAGUGACCCAGACCCCUACGUCAACCACGGCCGCUCCCUCCAAGACCCCUGCUUCCUCUUCCUCCACCCUCACAGGCUCCACAUCCAACUCUUCCUACCUGAAAUCGGUCAACGUUGUCAGCCAGGGUGGGGCUGGGAUAGGCAAGGGUCCAACCGUCAACAGCCUAUCAGCAGCCAAUGCCACCACAGCUGUCAAGAAGGUCAACACCCCCAAGAUCAACUUUGUUGGAGGAAACAAGCUUCAGACUACUGGGAAAGUGACAGAGGAAGCCAAGGUGGAGGCAUCCAAACCUCCUCUGCCCUCAUUGGUCCCCCAGGUUCAGGAGUCCAAGAACGAGUCUUCUGAUUCCCUGUCUGCGUCCACCCUGGCUGCCCUGCAGAGUGAUGUGCAGCCUGUUGGACAUGACUAUGUGGAAGAGGUGCGUAACGAUGAAGGCAAGGUGAUCCGUUUCCACUGUAAGCUGUGUGAAUGCAGCUUCAACGAUCCCAACGCCAAAGAGAUGCAUCUGAAGGGCAGGAGACACCGCCUGCAGUACAAGAAAAAGGUGAACCCGGAGCUGCAGGUGGAGGUAAAGCCCUCUAUCAGAGCCAGGAAGAUCCAGGAAGACAAGAUGAGGAAACAGAUGCAGAAGGAAGAAUACUGGAGGAGGAGAGAAGAGGAGGAGAGAUGGAGGAUGGAGAUGAGGUACGGCGAGAUGGGACGUUAUGAGGAGGAGAUGUACUGGCGUUGUAUGGAGGAGCAGCACCACUGGGACGAGAGACGUGGGGGGCCCAGGAUGCCAGGGGACGGACCUUACCCCCAGGGGCCCCCUGGCCCACCUGGACUACUGGGGGUUCGGCCUGGCAUGCCCAUCUCUCAGCCACAAGGACCUGUGCCUCCCCGUCGCCCGGACUCGUCAGACGAUCGCUACGUGAUGACGAAGCACACGGCCAUCUACCCUUCCGAGGAGGAGCUGCAAGCCAUCCAGAAGAUCGUCUCCAUCACAGAGAGAGCCCUCAAACUGGUCUCAGACAUCACAGAUCAGGAGAAGACUAAGGAGACUACUGGGGAGGAGAAAGAGAAGGAGGUCCCGAAGACUGCCCAAGACAGAGCUCUGAAGGGGGUGAUGCGGGUGGGGGUGCUGGCUAAAGGACUGUUGCUCCGCGGAGACAAGAACGUCAACCUGGUCCUGCUCUGUUCAGAGAAGCCAACCAAGACCCUGCUGAGCUGCAUAGUGGAACACCUGCCCAAACAGCUGGUGCUGGUGACCCCGGAGAAGUACGAGGUGAAGGGUUCCAUCGAGGACUGUUCCAUCAUCCUAACGUCUGGCGCCGACCCCAAAAUGACAGUCACGGUCACCCUGACGUCCCCCAGCAUCCGAGAGGAGGAGACACCUGCCACACCCCCGCCACGGGACGGAGAUGUAACCUGGGGCUUGGUGCGAGACCCAGAGGACGUCUUGGACAGGCUAAAAUGCCUUGCCGCUCUGGCGGCCCUCCGCCACGCUAAGUGGUUCCAGGCUAGGGCCAAUGGACUCCAAUCCUGUGUGAUUGUUAUUCGUAUCCUGCGUGACCUCUGUCAGAGGGUCCCCACGUGGUCUGCCUUCCCCAGCUGGGCCAUGGAGCUGCUGGUUGAGAAGGUCAUUAGUAGUGCCUCUGGUCCCCUGAGCCCAGGCGACGCACUGAGACGAGUCUUUGAAUGUAUUUCCUCUGGAGUCCUUCUACCCGGUGGUCCGGGAUUGGUCGACCCGUGUGAGAAGAACCCCACCGAUACCCUGACGACCAUGGAGGAGCAACACAGAGAAGACAUCACCUCAAGUGCCCAGUUUGCUCUGCGGCUGCUAGCGUUCCGUCAGAUCCACAAGGUGCUGGGAAUGGACCCACUGCCCCAGAUGAACCCUCGCUUCAACGUACACAACAACCGCAAGCGUCGCCGCGACAUCGACGGAGCGGACGGCUUCGAGGGCGAAGGGAAGAAGGACAAGAAAGAUUUUGACAGUAGUUACUAGGACCUGUCCCACCAGUCACCCCUUUUAUUCAUUAGUCUGUGGUCACGUUCCAGACGGAUUACAUUGCAGUCACCUGCUGCCAGAUCUCACAACGCCUGGAUAGGUGUUUUAAGAUGUGAGCUAAGUGCAUCAUAUGAUAUAACAAUGUUCUGAUGCCAGUUUGCGCAGUCAUAUACGUGGCACACCGCCAUUGGUUAAUUCCCGUAGCAAGACUGCAAUGUAGUCGGCCUGAAACGCUGCCUAUAUGUAAUUAUUAUUUUUUUCUUUCUGUUGUCUCUGAUAUUAACAAAGGGGUUUGUUUAGAAUCUAAAGACCACAUCGGAUAGGGCCUGGUCCUGCAAGCCAUAUAGACUAGCGUUGCGUUCAUUAGGGCACACGUUUUUAAAUGUUUUGCAACGGAGAGAGAAAAAAAGAACAAUGACUUCUUAUUCGGACAAUUCCAAGUAACGUCAGUCCAUUUUUUUUUUUCCCUCCACUUGUUGCCUAAUAAAUAAGACCCUAUUUUUUUGACUGCAGCUCACUGUAUAGGCUUUACUGCAGCACCAAGUUUGUCCACGAUGUUUCUGUUUUGGCUAGCGAUUGAUAUGACCUGUGGUGGUUGGGACCUAAACUUCUCCUUCCUAGCUGAUACUACUUCUACACACCCCUCUGCUUCUCCAUGACAACGGGGCUUCAUCAGCAUGUACUCCUUUUAGACUUUGCCACCCCCCCCCCCUCUUAUUUUCCGGACCGACUUUCCAGGUUGAAGUUAUGAAAACGUGAAAAAGACAGCUCUAAUUGUUAAUAAAUCCAGAGGAUCAUAAUACAUGUUAAUGCCUAACAUGCAUGUUAUUUCUAGUUGCUUACAUUCAGUGUUGGUUGUUUAGUGAGAAAGUUUAAUACCUCAUUGUGAAGCCCAUAAUUCGAUCAGUCGCCAGUAAUGUUUUAUUUUCCUAUAAGCUGUAAUUUCGAAUAUGGUUUAUUCUUUUUUUUUUUUUUUUUUGGCAUAAUGCAUAAAGUGGUGUAAAAUCUAUCGUCUUGUCCCCAAUAAGGCCAGGCUGCAAUGUGUUCUAAUGUUUAACACAGGCCCCUGAUUAACUGUGGCUUUGUUAUACUACAUUUUCUGAAAAGACUGAUUUUCUUAUUCGUUGUUAGUAGUGCAGUUUAUUCUCUAAUAUAUGAAAAUAUACCUUUUUAAUAAUCUUGCAAUGGAUCAAAAAGUGUUUGGUUUGUUGAGUGUGCAUGGCUGUGGUUUCAGAUUUUUGUUAUCUUAUGGCUUUUAACAUGUUUUGGUUUUACAGAUUUAAUUCUAAUGGGAAAUGUAAUGGCUUGCCCCUAAUCUUGGUUUAAUGUUGUAUACAUAUAGUUAAUUUUGAAUAAUCUAUAGUAAAAAUUAAAAACAGUCGAGUAAAAGAAAGUGUAAAGUUGAUGUUGUAAUUUGAGGUUUAAAUGUAGAGCCACUCUCUUUGAUGCCUGACUGUCAGCCUCUCUGUCUCAGUACCUGCUUUAUCAUGGACAAAAUAAAGACAUUUCCUGAA